AUUCGUUGGGUUAUAAAACAUUUUUAAAGUUCUUUAGUUUAAAACGAAAAUGUCUGCUGAAGAUUCCUGGGUUUUUGAUUCGCUGGUUUGUUUUCUACAUGGACCUGUUUGGAAUGCAGGCACCCAAACGUUUAUAGAACAAAAGUCCUUGGUAUUCGAUCCCAAUUUACAGUUGGAUGAGAACGAUGCGGAGAUACGACAAAUCCAUGAAGAGUACAAGAAUCUGGUGGACUUUAUGCUGGGCAGCUUCAUGGAGGAAAUGCAUAUAACGCCGGAACAGUUUGAGCUAGCCUGCCUGGAAGGCUGCCAGCAGCAGGGGCAAGGCGAGAAUCCAUUUCGUUUUCAUCAGGUGCUCUUUCAGCAGAUAUGGGCUGCGAAUGAUUUGAAAAUCUUUAUACGCAUGAUGACGCAACGCAAUGUGGAGUUGCAGCUGCAAGCGCUCGAUCUCAUUGAGAAGCAUCAGCUGGCGCGCCUCAGUGCUGCAGGCGAGUCAGCUGAAGCAAAUGCCACAGAUGUUGAGCAAAGUGAUGAGGAUGCACAACUUAUUGCGCAAUCAAUGGAAAAGGAGCUGGGCAGUCCUGAGGCAGCACUUGCAGCUGAGCAGGAUGCAGAUAUUGAUCUAGUGCAGGACAAGUUGCAGCGCUUGAAUCUCUUUUUCGAACGUGAGGAAAAGAUUGAUCCCAAUGAUGUGGUCUCACGCCAGGAGUAUUUGCGUCAGCAACGUGAUAAGAUUGUCGAAAUUAAAAAACAAACGCGCACCAAACAAUUGCAGGACACGCUGGCACGUAGCACGCCACAGACGCUGCCUGGUGCUCGUCCCAGCUCAGCGCAAGUAGCACAGCAGAUGCUGGACAAUGUGGAGUUAACAGUGCCAGCGCCACUUGAUGAGGCCGAGAAUACAGCAUUGCAGCUACGCCGUACCUUGGCCAAACGACUGCGCAACGAGGUGGUUGAACACAAAUAA